UCAUGAAUGUGAUGCUUCUAAAGAAUGCUUUAAGUUUAUAGAAACAAACUCAGUGGAGCUGGGAGGAGUUACAGUGAUGUCAACCAACCCAUGUCCUCAUCAGGGAUGACAUCAUUGAUCCCUUCAACAUGACAGUUUGUUUCCUGCUGAAAAAUCCCUCCUAUUAAUCUAAAAAAAACAUUACUUCGGGAAAUCCAGCCCUGGUUAUUAUUUGGGUUUCGUGGGUGUAUCAUUGUCCUUUGUGGUCCAGUACUAUAUAAAAAGGACAUGCAGACACACUUGACUCUAGCACAUCAGCAUCUUCUACCUACAAUCAUUUAAGCUCUACGCUGAAACAGGGAGAAUAAGACAUUGAACAUUUCUUCAACUUUACAUUAUUGACAAAAGAUAUCAAGCAUCUUCAUAUCCUGAACAAAAAUUGACAACAUGCUUUCAACUUUACAGAGAUCCACCAGAUACUGGUCUGCUGUUUCUGCUGCUCGAGGACUCCAUAAGUCUGCACUAGAUGUGGCAGAGCGUCCUGCCCCUGAGGAAACAGUGACCAGCAGUUUUGGCAGGUUCAUUCAGAGCGUCCAGCCAAGGCAUCUGUCACCAACAGUGUUGCAGCGCAGCAAACGCAUGGUUUUAGACAGCAUCGGUGUUGGGCUUUUGGGGAGCACCACCGAUGUGUUUAAUCUGGCCCUUCAGCACUGCCAGCACAUGUAUGCUCCUGAUGAUGUCAGCUUCGUCUACGGCCGCCAAGGCUUGAAGCUCUCUCCAACCCUCGCAGCUUUUGUCAAUGGAGUAGCAGCUCAUUCGAUGGACUUUGACGACACUUGGCAUCCCGCGACCCACCCCUCAGGAGCGGUACUACCUGCCCUCCUGGCAAUAAGCGACAUGUUGCGCAACAACAGCAAACCAAGUGGUCUUGACUUCCUAACCGCCUUCAAUGUGGGCAUCGAAAUCCAAGGCCGACUGAUGAGAUUCUCCAACAAGGCAUACAACAUCCCUAAAAGGUUCCAUCCUCCCAGUGUGGUGGGCACUUUGGGCAGUGCAGCGGCUUGUGCUCGUCUCCUGUCUCUGGAUCACCAUCAGUGCAGUAAUGCCUUGGCCAUCGCUGCAUCUUUGGCAGGUGCACCAAUGGCUAAUGCUGCAACGCAAUCCAAACCUCUUCACAUCGGUAACGCCUCGCGCCUAGGUCUCGAAGCCGCCCUGCUGGCGUCCCGUGGGUUGGAGGCGAGUCCUCUAGUCUUGGAUGCAGUACCCGGUGUAGCCGGGUUAAGUGCUUUCUACGAAGACUAUGCCCCGCACCCCAUCAGUUCCCUAGAGGAGGAUCAGCACAGUUUCCUCUUAGAAACGCAAGACAUCGCUUUCAAGCGUUUUCCUGCACACCUCGGAAUGCACUGGAUCGCCGAUGCUGCCGCCGUCGUGCACAAGAUCCUAGUCGGCAUGAAAGGAGGCAGCAUUACUCCAAACUUGGUGCAGGAUAUCCUGCUUAAGGUGCCACUGUCCAAGUACAUCAACCGUCCAUUCCCGGAGACAGAGCACCAGGCGCGCCACUCUUUCCAGUUCAACGCCUGCACCGCUCUGCUGGAUGGAGAAAUCACAGUGCAGUCCUUCCAACCAGAUGCCCUCCUGCGGCCAGAGCUUCACGCUCUCCUCUCCCGUGUCCGUCUGGAGCACCCCCAUGACAACCCUGCAAAUUUCAACAUCAUGUAUGGUGAGGUGGAGGUUACCUUGGUAAGUGGAGACGUCCUCCGAGGGCGCUGUGACACCUUCUAUGGUCACUGGAGGAACCCACUUAGCCAAGAAAGCCUUCAGAAGAAGUUCCGUAGCAAUGCAGGCACUGUUCUGUCCAACGAGAGGGUGGAGAGGCUGAUUGAAGCUGUCGAAGGCCUGGACCAUUUACACAAAUGUAAACCACUACUGGCUCAACUGCAGUAAACAGCAUGGUGCUUUAUUAUGACAUCAAUAAUGCAAAAUGAAUCUUGAUUUUUUUGGGGGGGAAACACAACUA